ACACACGCAAAAAGCAAUGUCAAUGCAUGAAAGAGUAUUCGUUUUGUAAGGGCUUCUUGAGUUAUAUGUAUAUAUAUAUAUAUAUAUAUAGGUACGUAUGUACAUGUAUAUACCAAGUACUUUCAUACCACACUGGAAGCAAUGAUAUGGGGUGACGAUGAAGUGAUAUUUGAAUACCUCUCAUUCUCAUUCUCAUUCUCAUUCUCAUUCUCAUUCUUACUCUCAAUCGCUCUCAACCACCCUCUAUCUCAUUCUCCCUUAUGAAUCUCUUCUCUUCAAUAAUUCUCCAGCACCGCCACGCUUUUAUGCGUGUGAUAGCAUAUGGAUAGCAGACUUGAGAUGUCCACCACACAAAAGCGACUGCAAACAUCAAGACCCAGGAAUGUAAUGAUCAGAUAUUGAAUAUACUUAAGAUCGUAUCUCAAACUAAUUUGGAUCCUCUAUCUAUCUGCUUAAUAAUCAUCUUAUACCUCCCUAUGCCAAAGGAGAGUUGACGCGUACGAAUACCGAUUGCGACUUGAGAAGAAUCAAAGUUAACUAAGACGCGCCAAAUAGAGGGAGGCGGCUAUUCAUAACUCAGUUCAAUCCAAUUAUUUCAAUUGCUCAUUUCGAUUGAAUGGACAAAACUUUUCAACCCCUUUGACAAUUUCAGAUCUCAUUAUGUCGACUGCUGCGGUGAGUGAUAAAAGCUUCAUUCCUUUACAGUUACAAGUCGACUUUCCAUAAAUUGUGGAUGCAGGAGAAUAAGUCAAAUGCCAAGACUUCAGAAAGCUUAAAUAUCAAUUGAUAUCUUUAGCUAUAUCUCUCAGGACGAAGUCCAUAAGCCCCUGGAACUCAUCAAUAACUUGCAAGUUCUUCGAAUCUUCGUCUAAUACUAUGUCUCAGGAGAAAGCAAAUCUUGCGCGCAUUCGAGAUAAUCAAAGGCGGUCCCGCGCCCGGAGGAAAGAGUACCUUCAAGAACUCGAGGCACGACUGCGUCAAUGCGAACUUCAGGGUAUUGAAGCUUCCUCCGAGAUUCAAAUGGCAGCAAGGAGAGUAGCAGAUGAGAACAAAAAAUUACGAAGUCUACUGGCACAGCAAGGAGUGGGAAGUGAUAUAGUGGAAUCUUAUCUACAGAUGAGUUCUGAAGAUCUGAUGAUGUCGGGGCAAUAUGCGAGUGAAAGUACUUCAGUGCAACAGUUGGAGCAUUUACUUCAGUCGCGAAAAGCUUGCUGUCCAGAUGGGAAUGGUCAUCCGAGCGCAACAACAAUGGGUCAAACAGUCCGGAGCCGAGAGAGUUCUUGCAGUGCCAAUACCGUGCAUUCAUUAUGGGAUCCAGUUCACACCUCAGGUAGCUUGAGUGUAGGACAGACACAACCAUCGAUUGUCAAGGGAGUCUCAUCAGCACAACAAUUCAUGGGUCCAAGAAGAAGCAGCGCAGCAAGCCGACAUGGCAGUAUUAGUCAGAAUCCCAGUACUGCCAGAACAGUUCACAAUCAACAACAACAGCAAACAUUCAACAUGACACCACUAGCAUUACCAAAUACACAACAUGGCAUACCAUCCAGUCUCUCCGUCCAAACCCCUUCAGUCUACGAUUUUGACCCUCAAUAUCUCUCCAACCAAUCCUACCAUAACCUCUCUCCACAGACCCCUCACAUGCAUCCCCACUUACAAUCCCACACGAACCCUCAUUCCAAUUCAAAUCCCAAUACCCGUUCAUCCAUCUCAUCUCAUCAAACCUCCCCACCAAUAUCAACAACAUACACCACCACUAUGACCACCGAUAACAACGGACCCAACAUGAAUAGUUGCAUCUUCGCCACCGACAUGAUCACCACCAUGGCGGGUGGCGACCCAGCAGUCGUGCGUGCAGAAUUGGGCUGUAUGCCAGACAUGGAUUGUAAUGUGGAUAAUCACUUAGUGUUCCAUGUCAUGGAUCGGUAUACAGGUAAUGGAGUAGGUUUAUGACAAUUUCGAGAUGGAACGAGUUCUAUAUUUAAUGUAAUUCUUAUUUGUUCAGAUGCAGAUUCAGAUUCAGAUACCCCUUACUUUACUACGAAUCUCAAGGAUAGCGAUGAUUCGAAUAAUGCAAAAGUUUUUACUUCUUUCGGCUUUCGAUGAGGUUUCUAUGAGUGUAUGCAUAACUAGUAUUUCUUAG